AUUUCUAGAGAAUGGAAGAAUUUUCCACCGAUUCCUUGACUGAAGAUGCUGUGCAGUUUUUGGAUGUUAGUGGAAACCUUCAGCGAAUCAGAGAGACAGCUUUCAAAUUUAUGAACAUGUCAAAGGAAUUGUUGGUCUACAGAUUUGAAGUUGCUGUUGAUGCCAUUAAGUUGUUGGACUUCAAUGCUUCCCUUGGAAAUCUCCUUAUCUUUGAUCCUAUGAAUGCAAAUACAUUAUUUAAAAAGGUGGUUUGCACCGUCAUAAAAGAGCUAGGUUUAUUAUCACCAUGUGUCUCGGAAAACCAGAUCACUGUGAGAACAACGCUAACAUCAUUACCGAGAUCUAGAGCUACAGAAGUUAAAACAUACAGUCAGCUGAGCUCUUGUGGAAAAGGGUACGUCUGCUGCACUGGUGUUGUAGUUGGAAAAACAGACAUUUCAAAAUACACUCAAAGUACGCGAUACAUUUGCACAGAUUCGUCUUGUGAAGGGAAUGAGGGAAAUCAUUACAUUAGAAUUCAUGUGCCUGGAGCUCUAGAAAUUGAAACCAUUAGGAAAGAUUUCAAAUGCCGAUUUUGUGGUCAGAUUUUAGAAGAAGUUGUCUCCUGUAGGCAUCUAUCAGAUAAAAUGAUGGCAGAAGUGAUUCCAGAGAGCUACUUGAAAUUUAACAAUUUCUCAAGAUUCAAGCAGCAAAUUAUAACAUUGCUGUUAAGAGAUGAACUCACAAAGGCUCUAAAAAUAGGACGAAAGUAUACAUUCAUUGGAAUUGUCAGAAAGGAUUCCUAUUCUGAAAGAAUUAUCACAGCCAUUGAGGUGAACAAUGCAUUAGAAGAUUGUGUUUCAGAAUAUGCAAGUAUUCCCAAAAGUAUUGAGGUAUAUUGUAAACAUAAGAGAAGGUAUAACAUUCCAAAAAUGUUGGCCUACUUCUUUGGAG